AUAAUUUUCGCAAUUAAACGUAAUCAUUUUUGUCGUAUUCGCACUCGGACUGUAUUCUACAUGGUAGUUUCCCCAAAAGAAAACCCAUCCCAUCCCAUCCCAGUCUCGAAGAACAUAAACUGGUGGCUGGGGGCUGGUUAGCUACCUUAAAAACUGAGAUAGCUGUGGAGAGAGAUCAAAAGUGCCUAUUUUUCUAUGUCCAAAUCAAGAUGCUUUGGGAAUAAUAAUAUAAUACAUUUUAGAAAACCACAUUUUUUGUAGCUUUACCCAAAUAAGAGCCUAGUCUCUCAGUUAUAUGAAGCGAUUGAAUGGGUGACGGCUGUCGUACGGCCUGAGAUAUAAAGUUGGGGAAAAGGCCCCACCAACAAAAUCUACAAAUCGAGUGAAAGAUGGGGAAAGGGGAUACGCGCAUGGGGGGGAUGGAGGUGGAGGAAGUUCCGUUGCAUCUACCGGCACAGAUUCCAAGUCAGGAGCCGCGAUACCAGAUCAAACCCAUGGAAUAUGUCAUAUCCGCACUCGUCGGCGGACUGAUUACGACGAUUGUGGUGACGCCCUUGGAGGUGGUAAAGACUCGGGUCCAGACCCAGCAUGCGAUGCGCCAUAAGCCGACUAUCUCCAAGAUGUGCUACGUUUUCCACAAUGGCCUGAUGACGCAUGUCUGCAAACCGAACACCGAAUGCGUGCCAAAGCCCGGAAGGGACAUCAGCAACAUGCGUCCGCUACGCGGGGCCAUGGAUGCGCUACUUAAAAUAGUGUGCGGCAGCGGAAUAGCCGGCCUCUGGUCUGGCCUGAGUCCCACACUCAUAUCGGCCCUGCCUUCCACAAUUAUCUACUUCCUCACCUACGAGUACCUGAACAGCUCGUUCUCCAAACUCUACACAAACUCCCGUAAAAGCAGUCAAACAGUGGAGACCGGCCUUAAGGGGUCAUUUGAUUUGGCACAGGCACCUUUGGCGGUGCCGUAUUUUGUUCCAAUGGCCUCCGGCAUUUGCUCGCGCACCAUAGUCGUAACGGCAAUCACGCCGAUUGAGAUGGUCCGCAUCAAGAUGCAAUCGGGCUACAUAACAUACGAGGAGCUGUGGCGAGUGAUGCGCACCCUGGUGCGACAGCACGGCGUGCUGGGCCUCUGGCGCGGUUGGCCGCCCACUGUAUUGCGGGACGCGCCCUUUUCUGGAACGUACUGGGCGACGUAUGAGUCAAUAAAACGGAGCUUUGCCGUGACUGAGCCUACGUUCUGGUUCAGCUUUUUUUCGGGUGCAGUGUCCGGAGCGCUGGCUACCUUCGUGACGAUGCCGUUCGAUUUGAUCACGACGCACACGCAGAUUGAGCUGGGCCAGGAUGUUCUCUAUAAAGAUUUGUCAUCAGGAGGCAAAACAAAAAAUGCAGACAAAGCCAGACCGUCGGUCUUCUCACGCCUCGCAGACAUCUACCGCCAGCAAGGCGUCCGUGGACUCUACAUGGGCGUUAUGCCUCGCAUCCUGCGCGUGGUGCCAGCCUGCGCCAUCAUGAUUUCAACGUUUGAAUACAGCAAAGCCUUCUUUUCUCACCAUAAGCUCGAUAUGAAGUAAACUGGAAGGUGCCUCAGGCGUCUAGACGUUAGCGUUCUUAUGUCGAAUGGUGAGGCUCAAGCGUAGCUUGAAGGUUUUUAGGUGAAGUUUCAUACAAAAGUAGGAUCAAUUAUACCAAAGUUGUCCCGGCGGCAAUGUUUUAUCAGUUAAAAACGUACCCAAGCUUUUUUAAAAAAGGAAAAAUAGUAUCGAUUGUGCCAAUCGAUAGUCCGGUCACAUGGCAACAGCUGUUCGGCAUCAUCACCAUGGGAAUGUGCGGAAUCGAAAUGAAUCAAAUCGGUUGGACAAGAUAUUUUAUUUUGGACCUGGAAGCUAUUUCACAAUGAUUAAGAGGCUUGCCUGAUUGCCGGUUUUGUACAUUAGAUGACAAUAGCAACGCGACAACGUGCGCAAACACACAACUUCACAUAUAAUCAGCUUACA